CUGUGAAUAUGGCGGAUUUGCUGGACUCAUUAGAAACAGAAAUAUCUGUUUGAACACAAUGGGGAUUUCCUUUACAUAGUUUUGUUUUAUUUCUUGCUUCACUUGCUUCACUUUUUCUGGGGCAGAAAAUCUUCUGGUUGGUUCUGUCACAAGGAGAUUUAACAAGUCUUGCAGCUGCGUCUGUCAAGAUUCCCCUUUCCUGGGGCUCCCAGGCUGUCAAAGCCGCUUCUAGGUUUCGUUUUUCUGGCUAGAAGGUAGACAGUAAAAGGCUCAGAGGAGUGGGAAGCUUCUCCAGAGGCUGACAAGAAACAAAAACAGAAACAGCAGCUUCACAACAUAGGAGAGGCACUGGAUCUAAAGGCAGCACUGAUUUUCAGGGCUUCAAACCAUGGAGCUGCGUGAAUAUCAGUGGGAAGUAAUUGAACCUGCCUUGGAAGGCAAGAAUAUCAUCAUAUGGCUGCCAACAGGGGCAGGAAAAACCCGGGCAGCUGCCUAUGUUUGCAAGAGGCACCUGGAAAGCCGAGCAAAGAGCAAAGUGGCUGUUUUAGUCAACAUGGUCCCGCUAGUAGAUCAGCACAUAAAGAAUGAAUUUAGCUUCCUGAAGAAUCGUUUCAACAUUGAAGCCAUCAGUGGUGACAGUGUCCAGAAAAUGAUCUUCUCAGAUGUAGUAAAAAUGAAUAACUUGAUCAUAUGCACAGCAAAGAUUCUACAAAAUGCUCUCGACAGCCAAGAUGAGGAUGUGCAUGUGGAGCUGACAGAUUUCUCUUUACUGGUGAUUGAUGAGUGCCACCACACGCACAAAGAAACCACCUACAACAAGAUUAUGCAACAUUAUUUGGAACACAAGUUGAAAGGCCAGAAGAAUUUGCCACAAAUCCUGGGGCUCACAGCCUCACUGGGGACAGGUGGUGCCAGCUCCUUGGAGGGAGCCCAGGACCACAUUUUGCAGAUCUGUGCCAACCUGGACACUGAAAAAAUCAUGUCAUCUGAGAAAUACAAAUUCUACCUUGAUACUCGCAUCCCGCAGCCAAAGAAGCAAUAUGACCUGUCUGAUCCAAGGUUACGGGAUCCUUUUGGACAACAGCUCAAGAUGAUAAUGACCGAGAUCUGUACUUAUCUGGACUUGCCAAGCCUGAGUACAGAUUUUGGUUCCCAAACCUUUGAGCAACAGGUUGUGGAUCUUCUGAAGGAGGGUGCAAAAGAAUUUUGCCAAAAGACCCGUGUGUGUGCCUUGCACCUCCGUAAAUAUAAUGAUGCUCUGUUGAUCAAUGACACUGUCCGCAUGAUUGAUGCCUUCAAUGCUUUGGAUGAGUUUUACAAACUGGAAAAUGCCAUGAAAGUCCUGCAUCACCCAGCUGAGCGCCAUCUGGUAGAGAUCUUUGGCAGGAACAGGGCAGAACUGCUGGCCUUAGCAGAAGACAAAAGCUAUGAAAAUCCCAAACUUGAAAAACUGCAGCAGGUGCUUCAGGAUCAAUUCCAAGAACUGAAUUGCUCACGGGGCAUUGUGUUCACUAGAACACGUCAGAGUGCUCAUUCCCUUCACCAGUGGUUACAGGACAAUCGGGCUUUGCGUGAACUUGGGAUCAAGGCUGCUGUUCUGACUGGAGCUGGAUAUAGCAACCAGAUUAAACACAUGACACAACAAGAGCAACAAAAUGUCAUCCAAAAUUUCCGCAAGGGAGCACUCAAUUUGCUGUUCUCCACCAGCGUUGCAGAGGAGGGGCUGGAUGUCCCCGAAUGUAAUAUUGUGGUCCGUUAUGGGCUGAUGACAAAUGAGAUUGCCAUGAUGCAGGCCCGGGGCCGUGCCCGUGCUCCAAACAGUAUCUGCUCUGUUUUGGCCAAAACCAACAGCAAAGAAGUAAGCAGAGAGAAACUCAAUGAGGACCUGGAAAGUCUGAUGGAAAGGGCCAUAAAACGGGUUCAGCAGAUGCCUCAACAUGAGUAUUGCAUGAAGAUUGAAAAGCUUCAGCUUGAAGCUGUUGCUUGCCACAGGGUGCGAGUCGCUGAACGCGAACAGCGGCGCCAGCUCCAUGAUCCAGACAGUGUGCGCCUCUACUGCCUCAACUGCAAUGUAGCAGUUUGCCAUGGUAGCGACCUGCGCAAAAUUGAGAAAAUGCAUCAUGUAAACAUAAACCCAAACUUCAGGUUUUACUAUAGAAAAUCAUUUGGUGAUGUUGUGAUUGCUCGUCAGUUCAAGGACUGGAAACCAGGCAGCUCCAUCAGCUGCAACACAUGUGGGCAGGCUUGGGGAAUGGAAAUGAUCUUCCAGCAAGUCACACUUCCCAUGCUUUCUAUUAGAAAUUUUGUGGUGGAAACUCCAGAUGGCCGAAAUACCUUCAAGCAGUGGAGUAAAGUAACUUUUGACAUCAAGGAGUUUGAUCAUGUUGAAUAUUGCAGGACCAAUGGCUUGCUGGAUACCCAAGAGGACUAGUAUGGAAGAGAACAUUAAACACAUCACUUUUGCUUCUCUUUUGUAUGUGUGUAUUUUUUAUUUUUUUAUUUUCUUUCUCUUUUUAUAUCUUUAUUAUUAUUAUUUUAUAUUUUUGUCUUCUUUUCAAUAUUGCUAUUCACUAUGCGUGUCGACGUCACAUAUCCCCUACCCUUUUCCCAUCUCCCCGAUAUCCACUCCUCCCCCUCAUUACCCUGGUAUAUUGGUUCCAAGCUGUGAUUUAUGUAUUUUAUUAUAUCGAGAAAAGACUAUCUUUAUUGUAAUAAGAAAUGUAAAAUAGUUGUUUAUAAACGUCACAAUAAAAAAAUAUAAAAAACGUA